UCCAGCAGAGCAGGGGGAGUGUUGAGGGGGGGUUGCACAGAGAGAAAGAAGGGUUUGUGCCAUUGUUCAUAUGAAAGAACAAAGGGUCGCUCGGGCACUUUUCAUUACCCGCUUGAGUCGGGUCCGAUUUUGACACUAUCUACAACUACCAACCCUGCAAAUGCAUUUGUUCCUGCCUUUUGCACAGCGUGAUGGUUUUGAAGGGGUAAAGCUGAUGAUGCAGUUCACCUCGCUUUAAGAACAGUGACCGACAGUCCACCGGGAUAUUUAUUAUCAGGGAGGACCGAGGAGAGAGCGGUAAAUUCCUGCUUGGAUUCCCGCAGGCUGUUCGUCCAAGUCAUUCAAGCUGUACUCCCCAAAGGAUCCUCCCAACGGCAGUGCCUUCCCUCCAUUUCACCCAGGCGCAAUGCUGGAUAGAGAUGUGGGACCGACACCAAUGUAUCCCCCCUCUUACAUGGAACCUGGAAUCGGGAGGCACACACCGUAUGGAAAUCAAACAGACUACAGAAUAUUUGAGCUAAACAAAAGGCUUCAGAAUUGGACAGAGCAGGACUGUGACAAUCUGUGGUGGGAUGCGUUCACUACAGAGUUUUUCGAAGAUGAUGCCAUGCUGACUAUCACAUUCUGUCUGGAAGAUGGACCCAAACGAUAUACCAUUGGUAGGACAUUGAUCCCCCGAUACUUCAGAAGUAUUUUUGAGGGUGGGGCCACUGAACUCUUCUAUGUGCUUAAACAUCCCAAGGAGUCUUUCCAUAAUAACUUUGUGUCCCUGGACUGCGACCAGUGCACCAUGGUUACGCAGAAUGGCAAACCCAUGUUCACACAGGUGUGUGUGGAGGGCCGGCUGUACCUGGAGUUUAUGUUUGAUGACAUGAUGCGUAUAAAGACGUGGCACUUCAGUAUCAGACAGCACAGAGAAGUCGUGCCGAGGAGCAUACUGGCAAUGCAUUCCCAAGACCCUCAAAUGCUUGACCAGCUAUCAAAAAACAUCACAAGGUGUGGCUUAUCUAACUCGACACUGAACUACCUCCGACUUUGUGUAAUCCUGGAGCCCAUGCAGGAGCUGAUGUCCAGACACAAGACGUACAGUCUCAGUCCACGGGACUGCCUCAAAACCUGUCUUUUUCAGAAAUGGCAGAGGAUGGUGGCCCCACCAGAUAUGAUGUCUUCUGCUCCUUCUCCAGCUGAGCCUGCGAGACAAGCUCCCAACAAACGAAGGAAACGAAAAAUGUCUGGUGGAAGCACCAUGAGUUCGGGUGGGGGCAACAACAACAGCAACAGUAAAAAGAAAAGUCCAGCCAGCAGUUUUGCGCUCUCCAGCCAGGUACCUGAUGUGAUGGUGGUGGGAGAGCCCACUCUGAUGGGAGGGGAGUUCGGGGACGAGGAUGAGAGGCUGAUCACACGGCUGGAGAACACACAGUUUGAUGCGGCCAAUGGCAUGGACGACGAGGACAGUUUCAACAGUUCCCCUGCCCUGGGCACCAACAGCCCCUGGAACAGCAAAGCUCCCUCCAGCCAGGAGAGCAAAAAUGACAACCCCACCUCACAGUCAUCCCAGUAGAAGUAUUAGGGGCUAGCGAAGGGCUCAUAGCUGUCAGAGGACAUUCACACCUUUGUUUAAAUCGGCCCUCGCAUGACAGUUCUUAAAGCCGACAUUCUUGUCAUAAGUCUUCUGCCUUGAUGAGUUCUUAAUUGGUCAGACUCUGAAAUUAUGGUGCAAGAUUUAAACACCUCAUCAUCCUGCACUAUCACCAUCAGACAUGACGUUUUGUUGAUUCUUUUGUUUCUUUCAGAGUUGUUUUAUACCAUUAGUUUAGUCUGGCCCAUUUGAUCUCAUAGAGCCUCGACUCAGUCAGACUUUGUGAAGGCAGCCGUGUCGGGUUAUUGUUCCAACCUCGGGUCUCUCUAUGUGCGCGCUGUGCUUUUGACACGCAUGGCCGUUUCUGUUGUGCUCAAUUGACAGGAAAGGAUCACUUUUAUCUGACCGUUUGGUGAUAUGACCAUUGUGUGCACCUCAGAUUCAAACCCAACGCUCCAUUUUUAAAAACUAAAUUAUUUGUUUUGUAGGACCUGGUUGGAACAAAAACCUGUACAGUUCCGGAGCUUGAGGACCGGAGUUGAGAACCACUACGUAAAGCCCUUUUAAGUAAAAUUAAUUAAAGUGUAAAGGGUCUUGAGUUUGGUCAUGCCAAAAAUGGUCAUGGAGAACUUGCAUGACCAUAAAGCCAGACUCAAAAGAAGUGUUUUAUUGUCAUUUUCUGCAUUUUGUUUUGUUUUUUAUUUUUAUAGCAAUUUCUAAGGAGAAAAUAAGCAAGCAAACAAAAACUCUAAAUAUCCUUUGCACUCUUGUCACUGUAUUUUGGAUCUAUUUUUCUUAUAAAAUUAUGAUGAAUUUUGUUCUUACUAAAACACAAAAAUUGAUAAUCUUUAACUGGAAAAUGCUGUCAAUCUCAAUGUAAAAUAACACAUUUUGUAUUGUUAUCAAUAUUAUUAUAAGUAGAUGCUACUUUGCUCUAAGCUUUACACCGAACUGUCUAUCUGUUUCUGUUUAAAUUGUCAUUGAAAAAUGAGAUUACAUGAUCAUAGCAUGAAUGUCUGGGAACUGCAUGUAUCAGACAUUAGCUAUUGCAGCUGUAUCAGUCUCAUUGUUUGCAGAUCUAAAUCCUACAACGUAUUACAACUGCUGGUGGCACAUUUUGUCCAGAGACAAAAUGCUGGUGGCCAGACCAUAACUAUGAACAUUUUGUUUCUUGGAGAGUUUUAGCCUUUUGAAAAGAACAGAACAAACCCAAUACCUUUUGUGUAAACCCAGUAAUUCACACUGAUUAGUUUGCUUUAAAAGUGUAGGAAAGUGUCAUUUUCUGAGAAACUGAGAUAAUAAAUUUAGGAUCCCAGGAAUUUUUCUUCCCUAAUGCUACAGACCAAGGAGCAAGAUCCUUUAACACAUUUAUAGAAAGAUUUUGUUUUUUCAUCAUUUUGUUUAUGUAUUUGUGAUUGUAUAUUUAAGAUUGUAGCCAAGUUCUGUAUAAGUGUAAUUCUAUUUACUCUUCUUUAGAAACCCUGUUCCCUUCACCCCUUGCUAAAGAAUCUGUCAUAUGUCAAAAGUAAAGCUGAACCUCUUAAAACAUGUUUCUAGAUGCAUUAAAGGUACAACUACCUAACUAAAAGGUAGAUUAUAGUUUUAAGUCAAUGUACAAUGUAUUUAUUUUUUUAUAGUCUUUGCCAUUUGCAUUAUAUAUCAAGACAAAACAUGUUGCUGUGUAUUUGAUGUUGCCUUUAUGUAAUUUCACAUUUUAUGUUAUUUUGUUAGCCUAAAUUGUUAUAUAAAAUUCAAUGAAUCCAUAAGAAUUCAUAAAAUCCAGGUUGCUAAUUCCUAGAAGCCACCAUCAGGUUAGAGUGUAUUGGGUUUUAAAACACCAGAGGGCACUCCAUUGUAAGGUCUUAAUUUGCCUUAUAAAAAUUCCCUCUCAACUAGCAAAUUGUAUCAUUUUCACACUGAUUUUUAUUUUUAUUUUUUUAUUUUUUU